AGGUUCCCUUUUCUCCAUGUUGACCUUGGCAUUGCAGAGGUUCUUCAUUACUGCAAAGGAAACUGCAUUUAUUUGAUACAAUCAGCAUUCUUAUUAUUAUUUUAGUAUUGAAAAUGAAGAAUCUUUUAAUUUGCCUUUUGAUUUUGCCCUACUAUGAUGCAUCUGGUGUUGGUUCAGACGGAGUAUCAGCAUCUGUGAUGGAGGGAGAUUCAGUCACUCUAAACACAGAUGUUAAAACAAGCCAACAAGAAGAGGUUGUAUGGUAUUUUAAUGACACUCGCAUUGCUGUAAUCACUGGAGAUCUCAGUUAUACCUGUACAGAUGUUCAGUGUAAUGAAGGUACUGAGAGAUUCAGAGACCGACUGAAGCUGGAUCAUCAGACUGGAUCUCUGACCAUCAGAGACAUCAGAACCACAGACUCUGGACUUUAUAGACUAGUGAUAAUCAGCAGCAGCAGCAGCAAUUCAAAGAUCUCCAGAGUUGCUGUUCACGGUGUUCCUGCUGCUCAACGAGAUAAAAAGAAGACCAAGUCUGUAGUGGAGGGGCAAUCUGUCAGUUUAGAUCCUGGUCUAACCAAAAACCUAAAUGUUGUGAUGAGAUGGUAUUUUAAUGACACUUUCAUCGCUGAAAUCACUGGAGAUCAAAGUAAGAUCUGUACAGAUGAUCAGUGUGAAGAGAGAUUCAGAGACAGACUGAAGCUGGAUCAUCAGACUGGAUCUCUGACCAUCACAAACACUAGAACCACAGACUCUGGACUCUAUAAACUACAGAUCACCAGCAGCAGUAGCAGCAGCACCCGUCGUCGUCGCCACAGCAUCGGUGUCACCAGUUUAAAGAGCUUCAGCAUUUCUAUCACUGCUGUUCCAGAUUCAGGAUUGUCUCCAGCUGCUGUAGGAGGAAUAUGUGGUGUUCUGCUGCUCGUUGUAUGUGCAGUUGCUUGUGGUCUUGCAAAAAGGAAAGGCAUCUGUAUGCAGCAAAAUAAUCAGGAGAAUAAUGGGCUCUAAAUCAAGAACACAACAAAUGGGACGUUGCCUAGUCUGACGAGGCUGCCAAAGAUACUUCACUGCUGUUUAUUUGGGAGGCCAAGUAUCAAUAUCUUCAUUACCAUAAGCUUUACCAUGAUUUACAAUAAGCUUUGUAUUUACAAAUUGGACGUUAUAUGUUUAUAUAUCAGUGCUUCCACAUUUCUCUCUCUCACACACAUGAAUUAAGCUGCUUGUACAGGAAUCAAGUUCUUGCACAUUUCUGAACUUGAACCGCUCUCUCUGUGUUUACGUGUUAAUUACAUGUGUUAAUUCGCCAGCUGCGAUGAAGCAAACCUUCCGCUCAUGAUUAGAAUCUAAGAAGCUGUCUACAUGGUGCCAAGCAAGCUCGUUUCAUAAUACAUUUGACAAUACAAGUUGACAAGUAGUUAUAUUAUUACAUGCGGUCGGUAACACUGGUUAUACUCCUCAAAAUUAGGUUAUUUUGUGUUAUUUGCUAUUUAAGAGCGAAAAUAACUCCUCAGUGCCACUAAGUGUCCAAGUUCUAUUCCGUUAAUGACAUAUAUAUGCAUUUUUCCUAUAACAGUAAAAAUAUGAUUCAGCACACAACAUUUCAAAACUGAAUAGUGUUAGCUUUAUUUGAUUUUAUUAUAGUAUUUGCAAGACUGUUCUCUGUAAAACAUUCCAAAACCAAACAAAAACUCAACACAGUGUGCCAACUUCUGACCAAUAUCACUACAGUGAAGUGAAACACUGUCUGCCAGACUAGAAGCUGUAGUCUCAACCUUACUACACAAUGACCAGACUGGAUUUAUUAAAGGGAGACAUCCUUCAGAAAAUACCAUGCUUGAAAACAAUAGCAGGGUGCAAUAGCAAUUUGACAGGGUGGAGUGUUCAUUUCUCUUCUCCAUACUUAAUCAUUUUGGAUAUAAUAUACAUUUCACCAACUAGAUCCAAAUAAUCUAUAAAUCCCCUGUAACCAAAAGAAUCAUCUCAAAGCCAUAACCUUUCAAAAGAGGUGCUCGUCAACGAUGCCUAUUGUCUUCUCUAUGACUUGCAGUCUUUAUCGAACCACUAGCAGCAUUAAUUAGGAAGUCCACAUAGUAUUUCUUGAAUUCAAUCAGAUUCAUACCACCAUAAAUUAAGCUUAUAUGCAGAUACUUUUAUAUAUUACAUACAAACCCAUCGUCUUCCCUCCCAACAGUACACAAUCUCAUUAACUAUUUUAGCUGGAUGUCUGGCUACUUUAUUCCAAGAUCCUGCCUAUCACUGUUUACCUCACUUAGAAGAAAACUGCCUUGACAGAACAAACUGCAAACAAACUACUCCAAUAGUGCAAUUAUAACAUUUUAUUUGAAGAACAAGAAGCCGUGUAUAAAACUAUCCACCUUACAGAAGCCAAAACAAUAGGAGUUAGAACUCAUACAUUUUUACUCCUAAUCAAACAUAAUCCUAUGUUUUAUAAUUAAUGAACCAGAGAGUCAAAACUAAUUACACACUAAUGGCCUGGUUAUAAAACAUUUAUCGCCAUAUAAUCAGCAUAUUAUAUUGCAAAAUGUUUAGAAUCACAAAAUGUUUAGAAUAAUAUUGUUUCAUUGCUUAGGAAUUGUGAUAAUAUGUCGAAUAAUAUGUCAUAUAAAUGUUUAAAUAAAACAUGAGCCCCAAUUACGUAAACACUGCUUCAAAGAAACACAAAUAAACUGUAUAUCAGUAAUAAAAUGAGGAACAAACCAACACAUUAACAGAACAAUAAGUGCUAAACCUUUAGUAUAGAAUGUUUUAUUUCAGCUGCUAAAGUGCAGUCACCAGCAGAGAACACUAUAUGACCUAUUAAUGCACUGAUCUGAUUAUAUUCUCUUGCCUGUUUACUUGAAUACCUCACCAAGAUGGGCAUUUUCAGACAGUGUCAUGCUGUGAAACAUGAGCAUUCUAUGUAGAGAAUGUGCACAAAUAUGCAAAUGAGUUUAAGGCAGCUGUCAAACAAUAUUCACGCACUACUGAUAUUGUUGAUGAUGUUACGGUUUUGUUGCCAUUACCAGAAAAAGCCUACAUUAUUAUUAUUGCAUUAUGUUCCCUACAUGAUUCCAUUCCAGUGGUCUAUUGCAUGAAAAGAAGGGCUAUUUAGGUUUACCUGGAGGAAAUUAAUUCAUUUAUUUUAAUAGAUGGACAUUCCUGAAUGUUAU